AUGGGUGUGAGGGCUGGCGUGAAUCUGCCGGAUGGGGUCACUGGGUUCUUCGCCCAGUUCUUAGACGAUUACAUGGACCCGGCGAAUGCGGAGUUCACCGGGUGGGUGUGGUGGGAGUAUCUGGAAAAGGUGCUGGCGGAUGAUCAGAUGCAUGUGCUUCCGUCUCGAAUUAUGGGAGGAUUAAACCAGGCUCAGCUAGCUUGGGAUCUUCUCAGACAGGGACGUAUCAGUGCGGAGAGGCUGAUCAUUCAGCCCAAUGCUGAGUAG